AUGAUUUAAAAUUCAACCACCACUCCUCCAAACGAAGACUCAUUUCGUAAGCCAAUCAUACAAAUUAUGACUCAAAUUAACCAGUAAUAAAUGAGAGUGCGCAAUCCUUCCCAAGAGAGUCGUAAAGCCUAAAUUGACAACAAUUAAAUUAAAAUUACUAAUCAAAAAUCCCCUACUGUAACUCAGAUCAGUGUAUAGUUAGCCUCAGAUAGAAUAUCUCCUAAUAAUCAUAAAGAUUUACUCCUUAUCAAUGAAGAACCAAACAACAAAGAAGACUCACAAAGUAUAAUUAAAAAAUCAAAUGAUUACGAAUUACUGUAUCAAAAAUCCCAUUAAAAUAAAUCGAAUAAGCUUCAUUCAUCAUUAAAGUUGUUGUACUUAUCAAGAUCAAAUCUGUUCAGACAACAAAUAUUAACAAAGUAGCAAUUCAACAUUAUUCAUGACUUAUCUUCAGCCUAUAUCAUUCCAUUAAAACGAUAAAUUCUAAAUCGCCUAAAAUAGGAUUCAAUCACUAAACAGGUAAUUUAUAGUUUCUACAUAUGCUUUUUAAUAUUUUAUUUGACCAUCCUAUUAAUUGAAUUGGGCUGUAAUUAAUUAAAAAUUUGCAAUUAAUAGAUUUUCCAUUAUUUGUUGAUCAUCUUUUAAUUACUUGAGUGUACUUAUCGAAUAAUAAUCAAUAAAUUUUGCCUAUGGAGCAUGUUUGCAGACGUAGUAACUAUGCUACCUUUUUUUGCUUUUUUAAUGGAUAUAGGUGAUGCAUAGAAAGUAUUUUACAUGAUGUAUCUAUUAAGAAUCUAAAAAAUUACUGAUUACAUUCAAAACUUAAUUUUAUAUAUUAAUUAAUCAGAUUAGGUGUUUAUAAUAUAGACAACCAUUCAACUUCAUUUUGCUACAUUUAUUGCCUAAACAAUUUUAUACAUGCUUGCCGAACAACAAUAAGACUACAUCAACUAUAUUCAAAGCAUAUUUGCUGUAUUGUUUCAGAACCCCAUAAUAAUAAAGCAAUAUUAUUUUAUUGUAUACUUGAUUAGAACUCUCUUAUUGAUUUUUUAUCUGCACAAAAUUCGAUAGAUAAUAAACUAUCACUCCCUUUCAUUGGAUGAGUAAAUUAAUUAUGCUCCUAAGACUUUGAAGUCUAUAGUUAAUUAUUAGUAGGAUAAUGGAUCUAACAAGUUCAACAUGAAAGGUUUACCAAUACAUUUACAAUAAUAGAUGAAGAGAGAAAAGUACUUUAAGAUACUAUAGAGCAUUCCUAUUUUUAAAAAGUCAUUUUCUCAUUCCACCUUAUUGAGUUUGUGCGAAAUCAUUGAGGAGGACAUUUUAUAACCAAACGAUGUGAUUCAAUAGCAACAAUGCCUUCAUUUUCUUUUGGAAGGAUAAAUUGGAAUAGUUUAAAAAUGUUAAACAUCUUAGAAAGAAUUUAAAUUGGUUAAAAUUUAAGAUGCAUUUUAGAUCUUCAAUAACAUUGCUUUUUUUAAGAAUCAAAUAUAGGGAAUUGAAUUUAAGAGUAUUGGGUAUUCAAAAAUAGCUACUCUAGAUUCUAAUAAAUUCUAGAAUUUGAUCCGAUAGUUUCCUCGAGAAUUCUAAAAGUAUCGAAUGCUUAUUGACACCCUUAUGAUUGAAAAUCAAUCUCACCUAAUAAAUAUUUAAUGUUUUAGUUGUUUUAAGGAACAUGAUAUAACAGAGUGUCCUAUCGUCAAUUACAAGCCCAAUACAGUCUAAGUCAUACAUAAUUACAUCUUAAAUAAAGAUUAGAAUAGAAUUAUUGAUUUUAAAAGAGUAACUAUCUUUUAUUAUUUAAUUAGUAAGCAAAUACAAAGAAGAAAAGACUUCUGGCUUAAGUAUAAAUCGAUGUAAAGGAGGAUUCUGAAUCUUUAAACUCAGAAGAAUAUGAUAAAGUUGAAUCAUUCUAAAAGGUUUUACCCUCUUCCAACUCAUUACAAAGCUAGAACAAUAAUAAUUUCAUGAAUUAAUUAGAAAUAAGUUCUGUUCCUUACAUUAACUACUCGCAUAGUGGAUAAACCUUAUAGUCGAAGAAAGUGGAUUCAGAAUUCUUCAUCCAAUCUCAAGGAGUGAGUAGCAGCAUAAGUAGCAGAAAAAUCUUCGUUAAUGAAAUCAAAGAAAUUGCACAAUCCAAAUUCUAAAGGCUCGAUUAAACAGAAGAUCAUGGAGCUUAAGUGAAUAACAAAGCUUUACAAAGAGUACAAGACAGUGUCUUACAAACGAAGAAAAGGUUUAAUAAAAAUGCAUUAUAGAAGGAUGAAUAAUAGUAAUUUUAACGAUAUCAAACUGAUGUACAAUCUGAACUUAAAAAUAGAGAUUAAAGGAAGAAUCAAACAAUGAUUAACAGUCACGUUGAGGUUCAAGAUAACUUUAAUAGAGUAAUAUCAAUCGAGAACAAUUUCUUGGAAUUUUUCGAGAAAAUCAAUUCAUUUGAGGAUUAUUUCCCUCAUUAUAAUGUGGAUUAACAAAUUAAUAACUAUUAAAAGAUGCAAUCUUUCAAAAAAGAUUCUAAUUGA